CAAAUCAAUUGUGUGAUGUCUGAGGAGCGAUCAGAUUUAAAGGUCAGUUUGGAUCAAGAGGAGGAGGAGGUGACAGAGGCGGUUUGUGUGGAGUCACACCUUAAAGAUGGAGAAAUGAUGGAGGUGGAGGUGGGUCAACACAAUGUUUUGCUGGUACGCUGUGAUGGGGUUUACAGUGCCAUCAGCAACCAAUGCACACACUAUGGUGCUGCACUGAGCAAAGGUGUCCUGUCAGGUCACAGGGUUCGCUGUCCCUGGCAUGGUUCCUGUUUCAAUGUGAAGACUGGAGAUGUGGAGGAGUAUCCUGGAAUCGACUGUUUGCCCUGCCACAAGGUAAAAAUUGAAAACAGCAAAGUCUACGUGUCUGUUAAAAGAAAGAUUCAGGGUCAACCCAAGAGAUUAAAGUGGAUGGGAGAAAGAGAUGAAGGAGUAAUUCAAACUGUGAUGCUCUUAGGAGGAGGGGCAGCUUCCCUGAUCUGUGCUGAGACACUUCGGCAAGAAAACUACGGUGGCAGAAUUAUCAUGGUGUCUAGAGAUGAUCUCCUUCCAUAUGACAAAACCAGACUAAGUAAGGUAAUGAACGCGGAGAGUGACAGUCUCCUGAUGAGAAGAAUGGAGUUUUUCCAUAGGUAUGAUAUUGAGGUCUGGCUAAAAAAAGAGGCUUUAUCAAUAGACACAAAUAAGAAAACAGUGACAUUUGAUGAUGGCUUAAUCCAGAGCUAUGAUCAAAUCCUUAUUGCAACAGGGUGCAGAGCAAAAUGUUUGGAUUGCCCUGGUGCAGACCUGGAUAACGUGUUCAUGCUGGAGACACCUGAAGAUGCCAGGAGCAUCCACUAUGCCUGUAUAGGCUGCAGGACAGUCAUUGUGGGCACUUCAUUUGUUGGAAUGGAAGUGGCAGGAUACAUGAUAGAUAUGGCCAGCAGUAUCACGAUCAUUGGAGCCACCGAGCUACCCUAUCAGGGGACCUUGGGCCGAGAGAUAGGAAAGCUCACCAUGACAAUGCUGGAGGAAAGGGGAGUGGUGUUUCACAUGAAUGACGCCAUUGCUGAGGUUCGAGGCGAGAACAGGAGGGUUAAGGCUGUGAAACUGAGGAGUGGCACCAUACUUGAAGCGGAUGUGUUAAUAGUUGGAAUUGGUGUAAAUCCCAAUUCAGAGUUUUUGAAAAGGAGUCCCAUAAGGAUGGACUCCAAAAACUAUGUCAUUGUAGAUAAGUACAUGAGGACCAAUAUAAGAGACGUCUACUGUGCAGGAGAUCUGACCUCCUUCCCUCUGAAAAUAGCUAAAGGCCAGAGAGUGAACAUUGGCCAUUGGCAGGUAGCACAGGCACAUGGAAGGAUCGCAGCCUUCAGCAUGCUGCACAGAGAGGUGGAGCUGAACACAGUGCCAUUCUAUUGGACCGUCCUGCUGGGAAGAACCAUUCGAUACGCUGGAUAUGGAGAGGGAUACACUGAGAUGGUGCUGAAAGGGAAAUUUGAGAACAUGAAAUUUUUGGCACUUUACCUCAAGCAUGAUGAAGUCGUGGCUGCAGCAGGACUGAAUGUUGAACCUGCAGUUUCAGUGGUGGCGGAGAGGUUGGCAGAGGGACGAAUGAUAACCAAGGCCGAGGCAAAGUCGGAUGACCUCAGCUGGUUGAAGAUCGAGCCCCUGUGACCACUGACAACAGCCUGUACUCAGAAUCAACUUGAUUCAGUUUUUCUGUCCACAAUCCAUCCCAUCCACUUGUGUCUUUACUCAACAGAUUCAAACUCAGAUAUUUUGAUAUUCAUUGAUAGAGGCGGGUAUAUUACAGUAUGUCUCAGCAAAAGUCUUGUACACAGUUCACAGAUUUUGCCUUUUUUAUAUUCAUAUUCAGAACAGAAACUUGCAACUCUUACACAACUACAGAUGAAGCAGAAACUUUUAUGAUAUUUUUGUAUAACUGUAUUUCUUGUAUCACCACUGCUAUCUGAGCUUUACAUGACAGAAUGUAAGCUUUGGCUCACAAGUUUGAUUUUUGUCAGAAUUAUUGUGAACCGUACACACACAGUAUUUCAAACCCAUUAUUUUAAUUAGUAUGAUUUCAUAAAAAGAGAAGUGAAGUGUAAAGGUGACGCAGUGUAUGGUAACUUAUACAUGGAAUGUGACUGUGUACACACACACAUUGAGCAGGGGGUUAACCCGAUGGGAUGUAAUUUAACUAUUGUUUCAACUCAAAAUGCUGGGUUAUUGGGACAAAAUAAACAUCAGAUGGGUCUGUCCCUUCACUGUAAAAAAAUAAAGCAUGAAGUUUAAACCACUUAAUUGUAAAAGUCAAUUCAACCUACUUUGAUAAGUUGACAUAGCUUAGAAAAACAAGUUCAAAUUGUUUUACUUAAUUUGUUAAGUUAAAGUGACAUAAAAAUAUAUAUGAUAUCAUUUUUAUAGAGUUUCUGACCUAACGCUUAGUUGCAUUAACACAGCAUUUUUGGAGUGUAGAUCACAACUUGAUACAAAUCGAAUAGUAUCAAAGGAAACUUUUUUUGACAUUUUAUUCAGGAGGUUAUUCUUAAACUUUUUAAGAGGCCAAGUAUACUGAUAACACUGAAAAAUGUUUUGUUUGUAUAGUUCAUGUUCAUUUAUCAUUUAUAAACAACAGUAUAGCUAUUGCAGAUUAAAUUAGUUAUUUAGUACAUCACUACACUGAUGGGUCUAGGUGGCGUAAUUGGUCAUCAAGUUUUAAAACAUACCAUCACCGAGCAUACAUCCAAUCAUAGCGCUUAUAAGGAUUAGAAAAACACUGGGCAAUGUGUGCCGAAUUUGACGGUGGUCACAAAAGGUGCUCAUAUAUAAUAGAGCAGGACCAACGUGUUACAAAGGGCCAUAUUACAAAAGAAAUGCUGAGCUGCUCUCCUAUUUCAUCUUUUAUUCUCUUUUUCACCACACAACCCAGUUUUCUUUUCCAAAUCCUCAUAAUUCACUUCUCCUGUCCUAACCAGCAAGAAUUAUGGAGGAAAUAUGGGUCAUACAUGACAGUCAAAAUUAAGUAGUGAAAUAUGGGCCAUAAAACCCAAAAGAGGCACAAAGCAUUUGAAGACGGCUGGAAGUUUCAUUUAUGAAAUACAGUGUUGCUUUAUUACACCCCUUAAUAAAUAGUAAUAUUUUUUAAGAGUGUACUGUAUUCAUAUUAGUUGUGUUUCAUUCACACACACUUAUGUAAUUUUUAAAGAUUAAUAAAUGAGUUGCUUCAUU